AUGCCAGGUGCUCAGUUCAAGGCAGUUUACGUGCCAAGUUUUGGAUCUCAAUCCUCACGAUGUAGUCAAAAAGAUGGACAGCAAACGAAAAAGUACUUGAUCGAGUUGUCCUGCUCACAGAGAAGACACGAUGCGUUGUCAACGAAAAAUAAGAUCAAAUUAACCAAGUGUAAGCCUGCACUGUUCAAGAAGAAACGAAAGGAGGAGAGAAGGUCGAUGCCUCCACGACGACCCAUGAUAGACAGAUUGACAGCUGUCCGAAGUCAAGGUGGAGGAGAGCGAUCACAACAUCAGAAACGGGGAAGUCCUGAUGUUGGGCAAAAAUGUAGCUACACUAAAAUAACGUUAUCCAGAAUAUUGUCAGAAUAAUUAGUUAUCUAUCAGCAGAUGUCAUGUGGUGGUCAGGUUAACACAUCUAGCAGCUAGCUAACUUUACGUUAGGUGCAAUGUCAAUGGUAGGCUACCCAACUCAACCCCAGGCCCUGUUAGAAUUCUUUAAAAGUGCAUGAAUCCAUCCUUACUUCCUGGAAGUAUUCACUGAUUAGAAUGACUAGGCAAAUUAAUGCUAUGUGUGUCUUUCAGUUCACCUGUCCAAUCAUGUCUAAACAGUGCUAAUUUCAAGGAAGCUAGGAAGGAAGGAUGCACUUUUAAAUAUUUAAACGGGGCCGCAGCCUCGUUCCUUCCUUGUUCCUCCAUGUCCAAUACAGGCACUGCUCAGAGCAUGAUGAGUGAAGACAUCUUCACCUUCUACCAGAGAGACAAGCACACAUCAACCAACCAAACCGUAAGUUUGAUGCUGUAUUCAAAAAUAUUUCUGAUUUAUUUGUACGGUUUGUGUCUGUUGCCUCCAUUUCCUGGCAGUCUUUCAGCUGUUGAAUUGUGUUGUACCUGUCACAGACCUACCUUUAUUAAACAAUUGUACUGUCUCUAACCUACCAAGUUUUUAUAUGACGUUGAUAUGGGCUUUGCCAUAACUCGUGUUACUUCUCUCUCUCCUCCCCAGCAGUGGGCAGCCAGACAGGCUGUGUUGAGGACCAUCGGUAGGAUGCUGCAGGAGAACAGGAGCAUCAGAGAGAGACUGGUCUCCCUCAGCCAGAGCAGUCAGGUUAUAAAUUAA